CUGGAGAGAAGACUCUUCAGGGAGAGAAACCAAGAGCCCAGAACAUGCUUCUCUCCUUCUAAACAGCACUCUGAACAGAGUCACCCAGGGCUCUGUUUGUUUCCCCGGGCUCCGUCAUGUCGUGCUUCACGCAGCUGUGGCACUCGAACACGCCAGACUCUCCCACCAGCCCUGUCCCUGCAUCUCCACGUGAAAUACCCAUCCCUAUCAGUCCCAUCGUUGUCACUUCCCCAGGAGAUGGCAAGAGGAAGGCGAGGUCCCCAACCGACAAGCCAGGCUCUCCAAACCCAACAUCUCCAAAGCCAGCCUCCCCCGUUGAGUGUUCCAUUUGCUUCAACACCUACGACAACACCUUCAAGACACCCAAGCUGCUCCAGUGCUCCCACGUUUUCUGCCUGGAGUGCGUGGCCCGCCUGAGCACAGGGCUGCCCCCAAACCAACCAGAGGACCAGCUCCCCUGCCCCUUCUGCAGACAGCUGACCAGCAUCCCUGUGGAAGGUGCCCCAGCACUGGAGACCAGCAAGGACCUCCUUGCCACACUGCCUCCUGAACUCCAGCAGGAGAAGGUGCUCUGGAUGGAUGGGACCAAGCUCUGCUGCCGGCAGUCAUCUGACGACCCUGAGAAUCCAGACUCGUGUAUCUCCAUCGACGUCGCCAUGAGCAAGCCCGAAAGCCCGGAGGCCCCCCCGGCAGGGUUAGCCGGGAGGCUGUCCCGCUGCGACAUGUGUGACGACUGGAAACGUAUAGUCCUCCUCUCCGCGCUGAUCAUCAUCCUGUUCUGCAUCAUUCUGUGGCCGGUCCAGUGUGCCCUGAAGACGGGGAACCUGCGCUGCUUCACGAGGACUGUGGCGAUGAGCCGGCCAGAGUACCUUCCCCCUAAGCACACCACGGCGGCAGCCCCGGUGACACAGCUCCCGUUCCAGUAG